CUUUCGAUAGCAAUAGCCACUCAUCCAGAGAUGCAAGACACUUAACGAAUCGGAGUCACAUGGGGAGGUGGGGGGCGGGUAACAACAACACCAACAUCUGGGCCCCACUAGACUUGACUCACGUCCCAAUCCCUAUAGUAUGAGAGUCCUUUUAUUUUCAGCCCCAUUGCUAUAUUUUGACGGCGGCUGGCUAUGCUCAGUGACCUAUCGCACGAGAACGGGACUUGAAUCAAGGCUAGGGCUCCCCUCGAAACGAGCAACAAUUUCAACACAUUGGAGGAAAGGAACGUGUGUGUAACGAACAAACAAACACGUGGCGCGAAAAAGGAAAAUGUCGGGAACUUUCGUCUCAGGAACUUGACAGAUGAAGUGAAGUUGACCUCGUCUUAAACAUCCGUUUCCAAAGAGAGCAAGAUGGCGUCUGGCUCAGUGAAUCCCGCUAACAACCCAUCAGCACUGCUACUUCAGCUGGUCAGACAUAUGUUGGGAAAAGCAAAAGAUGAUGAUGUCAGUUCUCAGUAUCAAUAUGCUCUCCGGGUCAUCAGUAGCAAUUUCACACCAUCCAUUGAGGGAGAUGAGUUUCAGGUUUCCCAACGCAUCCAACGAAAACUGGCUCGAGAAGGCAGGGAAGUCGAAGCAGCUAGAUUUUCUGAGCUUUACAGGAAGUUACAGUCCCAGAACAUACUGAAGAACCGAUGGGCGACAAUGUAUCUCCUGAUGUCCCUUAGUGAGGACCGAAGGUCAAAGAAAAGCAGAAUGGCAGAAGGAGCUGCAAUCUUUGGCCAGGGCUUGCCGCGCAUGGCAACGUCGACGCCAUUUGGAUCGCGACCUGGUAGUCAUCAGCCUACUCCCCGCGAGGCCACCUUCAGCAUGAUCAGAGAACAGUCCCAAAGCAGCGGGAUAGGAAGUACCUUCAGCAGCAUAUCAGCCCAUGGACACACAGGAAUAUCAUCUGGCAGUAACUUCAAUACACCAGGUGACAUGUACACACCAGCGGGCGAUACACAGCCUGUCGGCGCACGCCUUGCCAGGAUGCUCAUCGGAGACAGUACUAAAGGACAGACGUAUGGUUCCAGCGCGGGGUACCAGCGCAUGAGGCCAACACCAGCCGUUACCUUCGCCAGGAAUGAAGAGGAUACUGUUGAUAACACCGCUGCUGAAGUGCCUGAGGCCCACCUUGUAAGGGAUCUGAUCUAUGUUUUCCAAGGAGUGGACGGCCAAUACGUUAGACUCCAUCGGGCAGAAGAUGCAUUCUGCAUUGACCAUCAGGUUGGCGUAUCUAAACCGAUGAGGGACCUAGUUCAUAAACUGGCUGAGCUGGGAUGGCUGUUCUUGAGGAUCAGGAAGUACGUGGAUGCCCGGAGCCAGGACAAGGCACUGGGCAUCGUAGGUCAGAGUUUCUGUGCUGCUCUUCAACAAGAGUUAACCGAGUACUAUCGUCUACUGGCUGUACUGGAAGCACAGCAACAGCAGCAAGAGCAAGAUCCAGGGGUCAGUGACCCCAACACUGACUUGACCUUGAUAAGGUUAAAGGUUUGGACAUAUGACCCCAUCCACAGAAUGAAGUAUCUGGCCAUACUAGUGGACGGCUGCAAAGACAAGAAAGGCGGUGCCCUGGCCUCCUCUGUGCAUUCCUACACACUCCAUGGCGACUCAUCCGUCAAGUCCGUCAUGAAGCACAUUCUGAAGCUGGUAGCCUUCCCAAUCAGGACCAUGCUGGAUAGAUGGAUCCAAGAUGGCAACUUGGAUGAUAAAUUCCAUGAGUUUUUUGUUGCCUCAGACCCGCUGGUAAAAGAAGACCGACUGUGGCACGACAAAUACUCCCUCCGGAAAUCUAUGAUCCCAUCAUUCAUUACAAUGGAGCAAGCUAGGAAGAUUCUUUUGAUCGGUAAAUCCAUAAACUUCCUCCAUCAAGUCUGCAAAGACAACACCCAGGUCAAGGUCAAAGGUGACGGUGUCUCAACCACAAGGAGCAAAUAUGAUGACACCGCGAUGUUAUUAGAUCAGGAUCUUGAUGGGUCUUUCCAGCAGGUCAUUGACAACGCAUACCGUGAUACCAGCAAGAGGUUACUGCAUGUGCUGUUUACCCAGUACAAGUUCUUGGAUCACCUUAAGGCCAUGAGAAGAUACCUGCUGCUUGGUCAAGGUGACUUCAUCCAGCAUCUGAUGGACUUGCUAGAGAGUGAUCUUGCUAAACCAGCCAACCAGCUGUAUCUACACAAUCUAACCGGUAUGCUAGAGACGGCAAUCCGUGCCACCAAUGCACAGUACGACGACAUCGACAUACUCAACCGGGUAGAUGUAAGACUACUUGAGUUAUCACCGGGCGAUACCGGUUGGGACGUGUUCAGUCUGGAUUACCACGUGGACGGACCAAUCAGCACGGUCUUCACCCCGCAGUGUAAGAUUCUCUACCUGCGCGUGUUCAACUUUCUGUGGAGGGCAAAGCGUAUGGAGUAUGUCCUGGCCCAGGUAUGGAGGUCUGAGAUGGGAACCACACGGAAACUUGAAGCAAUUAAAGAGCUGUCCCCAAUUCUUCAUCAAUGUCACAUCCUCACGGCUGAAAUGGUCCACUUUGUCAACCAGAUGCAGUACUACAUCAACUUUGAGGUCAUGUCAUGUUCUUGGGAUGAGUUAUGGAAGAAAGUGACAGAAGCAGAAGACAUGGAUCACAUCAUCGCUGCUCAUGAAGUCUUCCUGGAUGCUAUCAUUAAAGGCUCACUCCUCAAUGAAGAGUCACAGCCACUCCUGACCCAAUUGAGAGCCAUCUUUGACCUGAUCAUACAGUUCCAAACGGUUCAAGAAUCACUCUACAGCGAAAGCUGCGAAGAGCUACGGCUUAGAGAGGUGGACAAGGAAUCCAUCCAGACCAAAACAGAACAGGGUGAUUGGGGUCUAACUUCCCAGAAUGAGCAAGAACAGAAGAAGCGGAAGACCAAGUUUCAACGGGAGUUCAUUCCGACGAGUCGAGCCCAACUGAAAGUCCUCAGGAAAUCCUAUCAGGACAUGGUUCAACGGUUUCUGGUGAUGUUGACUGGUCAUUCCGAUGACAGCCUUCGACUUCUCGCUGUCAGACUGGACUUUAACGAAAUCUACAAAGCCAAAGAACCCAUGCUCCGAAGCCCCAUGGCUUACAAUCGCACCAGGAAAGUCUUCUGAGUCCUCAAUGCCAUGGAAACAAAGUCUGAAUACACCCAAGGACCCAGUUCUGUGAAAGUAUACCCAAGUCUUGCUAACUAGCAAGACCUAAGCCACCCUUCGAAGCCCCAUGGCUUACAAUCGCACCAAGAAAGUCUUCUGAGUCCUCAACGCCAUGGAAAUAAAUUCUGAAUACACCCAAGGACCCAGUUCUGUGAAAGUAUACCCAAGUCUUGCUAACUAGCAAGACCUAAGCCACCCUUCGAAGCCCCAUGGCUUACAAUCGCACCAAGAAAGUCUUCCGAGUCCUCAACGCCAUGAAAAAGUCUUGCUAACUAGCAAGACCUAAGCCACCCUUCGAAGCCCCAUGGCGUACAAUCGCACCAAGAACGUCUUCUGAGUCCUCAACGCCAUGAAAAAGUCUUGCUAACUAGCAAGACCUAAGCCACCCUUCGAAGCCCCAUGGCUUAGAAUCGCACCAAGAAAGUCUUCCGAGUCCUCAACGCCAUGGAAAUAAAGUCUGAAUACACCCAAGGACCCAGUUCUGUGAAAGUAUACCACAGUCUUGCGAACUAGCAAGACCUAAGCCACCCUUCGAAGCCCGAUGGCUUACAAUCGCACCAAGAAAGUUUUCUGAUUUCACAAGGCCACAAAGCCCACACUGGGAAACAAAUUCUAAAUCCAUCCUACGAAGCCCUAUGGCUUACGACAACUAAGAAAGUUUUCCGAUUCCACAAGGCCAUGGAGCCCACAUUAAUUCACAAAUUCUUCUCGUUCUGUGCAGCGCAAUGGCUAAGUUAGUAUACCAUUACUUGUUAAUAACAAAACCAUGAGAGCCAUCAUGUGAAACCAGAAGGCUUAAAACUGAACCUACAAAUUCUUCUGUGUUUAUAUUAAUGAAGACCAAGAAAUCUUCAAUUUCAUACAAGUGUUUUGAUGCUUACCUUUGAAAGUAGGGUCCUUUAUCAUUGAUUGAUUGUAUUAUUGAUUUUUCGGGCCAAAUUAAAAGCACCCUGAAAAGCUCCCUGAUCAUUUUUUUUAUUUUUUUUUUUUUUUAUUAUAUAUAUAUAGAUCAAACUUGCUGGCAGUGUUUUUUGCAAGGAAUUCAAUGAAAUUGGGGUCCAACAGCUUUUAUAUAUUAUGUUGUACAGUGUUCACUUUAUCGAUUUGGUUUACAUCAACACUAAUGUGUGAAUGUGAUAGGUACUGUAGACCUAUGUAGUGCUCAGCCCUCGACUUCUGUGGGGGUAUCCCUUUCUUUGUCAGUUUGGUGGUCAGGUUGCAGAAGUGGUUUAUUUCCUUGCCCUCCACCUCCAGGACCCUAGUUCAAAUCCUACCCGAGACACUAGGUGAAUUGGGUUUUUAGUCCCUAGUACCUGACUGCCUGUGGGUUUUCUCUGGAAUAAUUCUCUGGGUUUUUCCUCCUACAUCUAAAACUAAAACUUCCUGUAUUGUAUUUUUACAUUGGGCUCUUGGCUAGAUUAAAUAGUGCUUACUUUUGGGUAUCGCAAAAGAAAUUUCUGAUGUAUAAAUUGCCCCAAAAGUGACAAAUUUUAAUACUGUGUCCCUUUUUUCUGGAUUGUCUUGAUGAACUAGGGCCUAGCAGUGAUUACAAAUUGUUUGUUUUUCUUGAGUUCAGUACAGAUUCCGAAAAGCUUUAGGUAGUACUGUGUAAAUAAAAAUAGCUUUUAAACUGAAAUUCUUGUUUAUAGCAUAUUCCUUUAUUACAUUUAUUUACCAUAGUUGCACAUACUAAACCAAUAAACAAUGUCACCCUGUUUUUGUUAAAAUAAUAUAAAUAAAAAAAAAAAGAGUGACCUUUUACAUUCCAGGUCAUUUCUUGGCAGGCAAGAUACUACAGUAGUCCAACUUGUCAUAGUCUUGAAACAAGUUGUUCUUGUUUAGUUGGUAAAACCUCAAUGGUAAUGCAAUAGGACCCAUACACUCAAAGCUACACACAUCUGUUAGCCGUGAUCCCGCAGGGUGAGGUGGGGAAAUCUGGAAGUUUUUCCAACAGCGCUCUCCACCAUUCAAUAGUCAUGUGCGCGAAGAGGAGAAGUGGAACAGGGAUCGCGAUUGUUGAGAGAUAAUGAAGAGCAACGUCUUGCACCAAGACUACAGUAGUUAUAAUGUUUACAACAUAAAGUAACAAAAAUUCAAUAUACAUGUACAAUAAUAAAACACGGAUCUUAUGAAAGUGCUGUUUCACACCCGAGAUCCUUGUAAUUGUGGGAGUGUCAAGGCCGAGCGGUUAAGAGCACCGAAUUCAAACUCUGGUGUUUCUGAUCAGCAGAGUGUGGGUUCGAAUCCCCAGCCG